AUGUCACAGCUUGAAGGUGUGAUUCGCUGCCCCGAUGAGGACUGGAGGGCAGUGACUGACCCCGCUGUACGGCGGAGACUGCAAAAUAAGCUGAAUCAACGAGCUCAACGGGCAAGAAUGAAGGUCGCCCGCGACCUGCAGAAAGCAGCGAUUCAGGAGGCAAAGAAGAACCCAAAACUGGCAGUCAUACUCCCGAGAACACCCAGAGGCACAUUCAAGUACAACCCGCCAGUAACCCUUUCAGAAGCCGCUGUCAUGAUGGCAGACUUUGAUCAAGUCGCCUACGAUAGAUACUACACCGGCAAUCCAUGCUUGGAUCAACUCCUGACGCUGUCCAAGUUCAACGUUCUUCGUGCCUUCAUACAAAAUUUUACCCUCCUUGGAUUUGCCCUAGAGGAAAUAGAAGAUGACAUCCCGUCGCCCUUCAACCCGGUCCUCCCAGAUAUGCGUGGGCCCUGGCAUCUCCCUCCAGCUCUCUCUCCAACCGCUCUUCAGGUUCAUGUCUCUCAUCAUCCCUGGCUAGAUUGUUUCCCUUUCCCACAGAUCCGGGACAACCUAGUCCGUGUUGCCGAUCUUCUCAACGACUGUGACCUGUGUAGUGAUAUUAUGGAUCCUGCCAAUGGGGAUGUCGGUAUGAUAGUAUGGGGCGACCCAUGGCUUCCAGAGAGCUGGGAAGUAUCUGAGUUCUUCGUUCAGAAAUGGUUCUGGAUUCUCAGGGGGUGCCCGGAAAUCGUCUUGUCGAGCAAUCGAUGGAGAGCUAAAAGAGGUUUGAAAAGGCUUGACCUAAGUUGUGUAUCACUGAAUGGCCCUUGCAACGCUGAAGGCGGAACAGGGGAUUCAGAGAAUAUCACUCAUCUGGAGCGAAGUCCAUGA